AAAGUGCGGCUGGGGGAACUGACGUGAGUAAGGGCUGCGCGGCUGAAACCGGCGAGCGAGGGAGCACGUUGUCCUAAGUGCUUGUAGUCACUCAUUCUAAUACCACUUUUUGUACUAAAGCCACUUAAACUUGAGACAAUCGACCCCUGUUGAGUACUGAAGAAGAAAUGGUGAUGGAGAAGCCAAGUGCCCAGCUGGUCGGGCGGGAGUUUGUCCGACAGUACUACACACUCCUCAACCAGGCGCCCGACUACUUGCACAGGUUCUAUGGCAAGAACUCGUCGUACGUCCACGGCGGGCUGGACACGAGUGGCAAGCCUCUUGAGGCCGUUUAUGGACAGUCGGACAUCCACAAGCGUGUGAUGGCGCUGAGCUUCCGCGACUGCCACACCAAGAUCCGUCAUGUGGAUGCGCACGCCACCCUGAAUGAGGGCGUGGUGGUGCAGGUCAUGGGGGAGCUCUCCAACAACAUGCAGCCCAUGAGGAAGUUCAUGCAGACCUUCGUGCUUGCCCCAGAGGGAACGGUGGCGAACAAGUUUUACGUUCACAACGACGUCUUUCGCUACCAAGAUGAAGUCUUUGCCGAUUCCGACUCUGAGCCACCUGAAGAGUCUGAUGAGGAUGUGGAGGAGCUGGAGGAGCGUGUUCCCUCUCCGGACGUCAUGGCUGACGAGUCUGUGCCUGCUUUCUACCAACCCAUUACGGAAGCAUCACACCCUGCUGAGGGGGAAGAAGCGGCGGCGAGCCCUCAGCCGGAACCAGAAGUAGAGAGGGAAGCGGAGGUUGUCAACGCGGUGGAGCUGAAGGCCGCCCCCGCGCUGGAGACACAAAGUGAAACGCCCGCACACGCAGCCAAUGAGCAGACAGACAAGGACGCUGGCACAGAACCUGCUGAAACGGCGCCCGCCGCGCCGGAGGAGAACCGGCCAUUCUCGUGGGCGUCUGUGACUAGUAAGAAUCUCCCGCCCAGUGGUACCGUCCCCGUGUCUGGCAUCCCGCCACACGUUGUCAAAGCCUCCCCCGCUGCCCCGGUGCGGGUUGACGUUAAGUCAGAGUCCCAAUCGGCAUCACAGAGACCUCCGCAGCGGGACCCCCGGCCGCGAGAGCAGCGCCCCGGUGCUCCUACCCCUGCACACAGAGGACCACGCCCAAUUCGUGAGGGUGAGCAGGGUGAGGCGGAAGUGAGGCGGAUGGUGCGUUACCCCGAUGCCCAUCAACUGUUUGUGGGGAACGUACCACACGCCGUCGACAAGAGUGAACUUAAGGAGUUCUUUGAGCAGUACGGAACAGUUUUGGAAUUGCGGAUCAACAGCGGAGGAAAACUUCCCAACUUUGGCUUUGUGGUGUUUGAUGACUCGGAUCCAGUUCAGAAGAUCUUGAGCAGUCGGCCCAUCAAGCUGCGUGGCGAAGUGCGCCUCAACGUGGAGGAGAAGAAGACGCGCUCAGCCCGGGAAGUCGAACGGCGGGAUGUGCGGCCUCGCGGGCCAGGGGGACUAGGCGGUCCGCGAGAGCGCAUCGGCGGUGGUGCUCCCAGGGGCCCGCCUGGGGUGGCCCGUGGGGGAGCUGCCCAGAAGCCCAGCUUUGGUUCCGGCCGAGGUGCACCACCCAGUGAGGGCCGCUACUCAGCGCAGCGCCCGUGAGGCGGAUGGUGGUGAUGUCUUGAUGAUUGGACUUGACCAAAUUGACCUUGGAGCGUCCUUCAUGUCUUUGGACUUUAGUUUAGUUUGCAGAGUUUUGGUCGUGUCACUGUCCUGUCCUCGCUGCCAUCUUGACUCACGGACGUGUCCUGUUGUAUUUUUUUUUCCUUCCCUUUUCCCCUCCAAGUGGACUGGAAGUGGGAAGUGGACUUGAAUCUCCCCCUUGUUCUGUUCCUUAAAGGAACGCCGCGCUGGUGCUGGAGGCACCGGCAUCUUUUUAGCAAGCUUGGCACUUCCCGCUGAGCAUGCCCACCACAACUAAAUUAAAACGAGUUCCUCUUUUAAAAACCUA